CAUCAGACACUAUCACCCUCUAUAAACCUCUGCUCAAUUCCUUCUCUCCGAAGAACUUAAAUUGAAAAGAAAAAACGAAAAAGAAAAGGAAAUGGAAAAAUCCAUUGUCGAACCGUGGAGGCCAGAACCGGUGCCGGUGCCCUUCAGGCCACCGGAGACGCCACGUGAACCAAUGGAGUUCUUGUCACGUUCAUGGAGUGUUUCAGCUUUAGAGGUUUCAAGAGCUUUAGCUCCUCCAUCAUCCCAAGCUGCUGCUUCUCAUCAAGUGUCUUUGAAAGGUUCUUCGAGUGGUAACGUUGUUAUACAAGAAGACGUCGCGGGUGAGCUCGAAGACAGCGGCAUAGUUUCAGGCAACCCUUUCUCUUUUGCUUCUUCUGAAACUUCCCAGAUGGUCAUGGAAAGGAUCAUGUCACAGUCGCAGCAAGAAGUAUCUCCAAGAACUUCAGGGAGGCUAUCUCAUAGCAGUGGGCCAUUAACCGGAGGUGGUUCCUUAACAGAUAGUCCUCCAGUUUCUCCUUCAGAGAUUGAUGAUGUUAAGCAAUUUUGCCGCGCCAAUAAUUCCCUCAAUUCGCAGUUUCGUACAACCGCUUCUGUUGCGGCGGCCACCCCCGCUACAACCGCCGUGACAGGUGGCGGAAAGACGGUGGGACGAUGGCUGAAGGAUAGGAGGGAGAAGAAGAAGGAAGAAACGCGGGCUCAUAAUGCUCAGCUGCAUGCUGCUAUUUCUGUUGCAGGGGUUGCGGCAGCCGUGGCUGCUAUUGCGGCCGCCACCGCUGCCUCCUCGAGUGCCGGAAAGGAUGAGCAGAUGGCAAAGACGGAUAUGGCGGUGGCGUCAGCUGCCACCCUUGUAGCUGCGCAAUGUGUGGAGGCGGCAGAAGUCAUGGGUGCGGAGCGUGAGCAUUUGGCCUCCGUGAUCAGCUCCGCUGUCAAUGUCCGGUCUGCUGGAGAUAUCAUGACCUUAACUGCUGGGGCAGCAACAGCAUUAAGAGGGGCGGCCACCCUGAAGGCAAGGGCGCUGAAGGAGGUAUGGAACAUAGCAGCUGUUAUUCCUGUGGAUAAAGGUGGUGGCAAUGGGAGCAAUGGUAGCUCUAAUGGCAGUUUUAGUGGGGAGCUUGUUCCCGAAGAGAAUUUCUUGGGAAUAUGCAGUAGGGAAUUGCUUGCCAGAGGUUGUGAGCUUCUCAAGCGCACACGAAAAGGUGACCUUCACUGGAAGAUUGUCUCUGUUUAUAUAAACAGAAUGAACCAGGUUAUGUUGAAGAUGAAGAGUAGACAUGUUGCUGGGACCAUCACAAAAAAGAAAAAGAAUGUGGUCUUGGAGGUGAUUAAAGAUAUGCCAGCAUGGCCUGGCCGCCACUUGCUUGAGGGUGGAGAGAACCGAAGAUACUUCGGAUUGAAGACCAUAAUGCGCGGGGUUGUAGAAUUCGAGUGCAGGAACCAGAGAGAGUAUGAUAUUUGGACUCAGGGUGUGUCAAGGCUCCUCUCCAUUGCUGCAGAGAAGAACAGCAGAAAUAGAAUUUGAAGCUUUGGGGUACACUGGGGGGAGAAAGAGAAAUCUGGCAAAACAAAAGCAAGCGGGGUGGGGGGUAUAUAUACAUAUUGGGGUUUAUAGGAUCAAAUGCCUCUUAUGAACAUAUCAGAUUUUUGGAAAGAUUUGAUGGGGCUGUGAUUUUUGGGUGUUUUUCUACUGUAACAAAAGUUGAAAUUAAAGAAAAAGUUAUCCAAAUGCGUUUGUGGGCUAUUCUUCUUAUUUUUGACCUGGAAAGAGUAAAGUGAUUGGAGUCCAAGUACCCAAACCCAUGUGAUCCAACUCUCUUGUUCUUUCACUGUUGAGGAAAGAAAAAAUUUGAGUAUCUUGGACUGGGGAUGGUCAAAAAGAGGGAGAAAGGAAUCCCAUCUUGAUGAAGGAAUUAUAUAUUUCAAGAUGAUAAAGACAGACACCCCUGAUUCUAUGUGCUUUAUUAUUUAUUCAUGUGAGCUGAGCUUUUUGUUUCUUUUAAAUUACCCUUUGGGCUCUUAGUUUUAGGUGUUGUAUAUGGUGGGACUAUGAUUGUCUUUGAUUUGUAUGUCACAUUCUAAUAUAUGAUAAUAAUCUGGCUCGGACUAAGUGAAUCAAAA